CGUGGCAGGUUUUGGUUCAAGAUCUCUUUCGAAGACUCCUCGUUUCAAAGACAAGAAAGAGGAUGGCGAAGUUCGCCGUCGUCUAGUUUCCUGAUGAGAAGAGAGUUGCCAUUGUGCCGGUGUCAUGGACCAUGAAGAGUGGGCGACUGUGCAUGUGGCCUCCAAAAACCUGGCCAAGCUUCAAAGUUAUAUCGACAGUGAAAAUGGGAAAGCCACCGCAAUCUGGAAUGCAGAUCUGCCAGUCGCGACGUUUGAGCAAAUGUGACACAGUAAGUCUCACCUGUACAGCUGUCUCACUUUAUCAUAGUUCCACUGACUGCAUUCCCCCAUUGGGUUAUGCAUUCCUCCACUUGAGAUAUAAUAUUCCUCUUCCUCAUAAUGUUUCUGCUGUAUCACUUGCGUAUUAUGAGCAGGCAGUCACGCGGCAAGAGAGAAGUCUUUUCACACCAAACUGUGAAUCGGAGCACGACACAGAUUCCGAAGAUGUGUUCGGAAUAGUUUCACAAAGUUCGGUUGAUGGUUCGCAAAGUGGAGUGGGACAGGCUACCCUCCAACCCACAGCGGGGAAGCCCACAGACUUGUCAUCCGCUGUCACCUCAAUGCCGGCACCACCGAAGGGCAAAUUAACUGGACAGAAGUUGCCAUCAUCAAAAACACGACAGCGCAACAUGGAGCCCAGCUGCCAGUCCUCACCUGGUGCAGGAAAUAGCCAACCAGGAACACCAGCUCUUCCGUCCAAACCUGUGCCACCGAAGCGCAAGCUAGCUGACUUGGUGUCAUCACCAAAGCCUCAAGAACACAGUGAGAUUGGGGGCGAUCCUUUGCAAGAUGUUUCAAGUGAGGAAGACUGGAUCUUUGAAAGAUAUUCAGAGCAAGCAACAGUUUCAGAACCCGAAGGAACAGAAAAUGAAACACAGACCUCCCGGAUGCAGUUGACCGCUGUUGAGUACCACAUCAUCACGCAUUUAGAUUAAGCAAAGCAAAACACCAAGGAAGUUUUAUCCACACUCAAGCACAUCCAAAGAACUCAGCUGGACAUCUUCCAUACGCUGAGCCAGCUUGUGGGACGACACGACGACAGUGGG